UAGUUUUUACGUCGCUUGCGUGUGACGUCAUUGCUCUUCACGUGUGGACCGUCUGCUACCACAACAUUUAGCUUGUUUAUGAACCGAUAUUGCAGAUUAACGCCUUGUCUUCAGAGACCGACACUCAGACAGGGAUAACUAUGGCCUCCAGCUGUCGACGGCCUGAGCACACAGCUCCUCCAGAAGUGUUCUACAAUGAAGCAGAGGCAAAGAAAUACUCUCAGAACUCUCGAAUGAUUGAGAUCCAAACCCAGAUGUCAGAGAGAGCUGUAGAGCUUUUAAAUCUGCCUGAAGGACAGUCAUGCUACUUGCUAGAUGUGGGAUGUGGCUCUGGUCUCAGUGGUGACUACCUGUCAGAAGAGGGACACUAUUGGGUUGGAGUCGACAUCAGCACUGCAAUGUUAGAUGUUGCUUUGGACAGAGAAGUAGAGGGAGACCUUUUAGUCGGGGACAUGGGCCAGGGGAUGCCUUUCCGACCCGGCACUUUUGAUGGUUGCAUCAGUAUUUCUGCCCUGCAGUGGCUCUGUAACGCUGACAAGAGGACACACAGUCCACCGAAGAGACUCUACACCUUCUUUAGUUCGCUAUACUCUUCUCUGUCAAGAGGCUCCCGUGCAGUUUUUCAGCUUUAUCCAGAAAACUCAGAACAGCUUGAGCUGAUCACAACACAGGCCAUGAGGGCAGGAUUCAGUGGAGGCAUGGUGGUGGAUUAUCCCAACAGCAGCAAGGCUAAAAAGUUCUUCCUGUGUCUGUUUGCUGGAGCAUCAGGAGUCCUGCCCAAAGGUUUGGGUUCAGAAACUUCAGACAGAUCUGUUCAGGACCAGGUCCAGUUUUCAGGACAGAGAUGCCGGUUCAAGAACAUGAAAGGAAAAUCAGCGAAGAAGGGACGAGACUGGAUCUUGGAGAAGAAGGAAAGGAGGAGGCGACAAGGACGGGAGGUUCGGGCUGACACAAAAUACACUGGACGUCAGAGAAGACCUCAUUUUUAGCUCUGAGUCAUGCAGCUGUGCCUUCAUUAGCUCCCGUCUGUUCAACCCUGCACACGGUCACCUCUGGAACUGCAGUGUUUGAUCUCAGCUCUUUAAUUAAGUGGAUGAGAUGCAAGAGUAAAGUGCUAUCAAGGCUGAAUCAUUUUUAUAUUUGGUCGAGUGUUUGGCAAUUUGUUUCUCACAGAUUGUUGUAAGACUGACCUCUCCAUGUUGGCUGGACAUCGUACGCUCUGGGGACAGCAUGGACACCUACAACAGUCUGAUAGAAAUUAAAUAUUUUAUUAAUGAACAAAUGUCACAUUUCCAAUCUCUGAUCAGCUGUUUAUUGUACUAUCUGCAGAAUUUUAUCAAUUAAAUAUCUACAGAACCAGA